AUGGCUUCUUUCCAUGUUCGCUCCAUCAGUUUAACUAAAAACUCUCAUCCUCUCACUCUUGCAGUGGAGGAGCAAUUGUGCCAACUUAAAGCUACUGAGCAAACAUCUUCAUCAAUCAGCAAAAAUUUAUCUGGUCUUAAAAAGUUAUAUGACUGCGUAGAGGAUUUCCUUUCUACCCUAGAUGGAAACUGCUCAGACUCCAGUUUGGAGGGGUCUAUCAUGUUGUUGGAUGUUUGCAGUAUUAUUAAAGAUGUUUUGUCUCAACUUAAAGAAUCUGUCCAAGAACUACAAUCAUCCAUUCGUAGACGAUCAAAUGAAGUUUCUGAAUACUUGAUCUAA